CUCUAUCUGUCUCUGUCUCCGAAAGCCUCCGUGUCAAACUCGCGUUUUUCCUUAAAACAGCACUAUAACAGCGACGAAAGCACGACAAAGCUUUCGAAUAUCUCUCUCUCUCUCUCUCUCUCUAAGCUCCCCCUCUGCUGCAUUUCAUUUCAAUUUCCCCCAAUUCUGUGAUUAAACCCAAAUAUCUGCUAGAAGCCUCCGUCGUUUGAUCCUCUCCCUGAUCCUGAUCUUGUUCUACCGCCAAUCUCUGAUUUCCCCCUUCCCUGAUCGGAGUUGCGGAAGUGGGUUUUGUUGGGUUUCCUUACUAUUUAUCUGGGUUCUUUCUUUAAUUGGUUGAAAUUUCCGGGAGGAGUUGGAAAAGAGGAAGAAAAUAUAAAGAGAAGUUUCUGGGUUACGUGUGUUUGUUGAGGGGAGAGCAAGCGAUGUUGACCUUGUGGAACUAGAAUGGAACUAGUGGUUACGCACCAACAGCAUCGAAGGCAACCGGAAGAGCAAGGUAAUAAUAACCUAUAGCACUAGCACCAGUAGGAGAAGAGGAAGUAAAAUCACGAUGACGCUUUACAUUGGCCGGGAAGCUUCAAAGAAGCUAUGGAAGAGAGUUUGUGCAGAGACAAGUACAGAGAUCAAUCUUCUAGCGGAGAACUGGAGAUAUAUUCUUGCAGGCUUGAUUUGUCAGUACAUUCAUGGUUUGGCUGCGAAGGGGGUUCAUUAUUUCCACCGACCAGGACCGAUAUUGCAAGAUGUUGGAUUUUACCUACUUCCGGAGCUUGGCCAAGAUAAAGGGCACAUUAGUGAGAUGCUGUUCACCUGUGUCUUUCUAUCAUUUAUUUUGUGGACAUUCCAUCCUUUCAUCUUCAAGGUCAAGAAGAUAUACACAGUCCUAUUGUGGUGCAGGGUUCUAGCAUUUCUAUCUGCCUCUCAAUUUCUUCGGGUCAUCACGUUCUACUCCACGCAACUUCCUGGUCCAAAUUAUCAUUGUCGCGAGGGUUCAAAACUUGCCAGAUUACCACGUCCUCAGAGUGUACUUGAAGUUCUCCUGAUUAACUUUCCUAAGGGCGUCAUGUUUGGUUGUGGUGAUUUGAUCUUCUCAUCGCACAUGAUCUUCACAUUGGUAUUUGUCCUUAGCUAUCAGAAGUAUGGAUCCCAUAGAUGGAUAAAGAACUUAGGUUGGCUUGUUGCCGUGGUUCAGAGCCUUCUGAUCAUUGCAUCCCGGAAGCACUACACAGUUGAUGUUGUGGUUGCAUGGUACACUGUUAAUUUGGUGGUAUUCUUUGUGGACAAGAAAUUACCUGAACUCCCUGAUCGGAGCGGUGGAGCUGCAACCUUGUUGCUACCUUUGACUACCAAAGACAAGGAUGAAAAGUCCAAAGAAGAGAAUCACAAGCUAUUGAAUGGAAACUCAGUUGACGAUUGGCGGCUGAGAAGCCAAGUGAAUGGCAAGAUCAUGGAAGAUACGAAUGGCAUCCCUCCUAAUACGAAUGCCAUGAACGGUGCGUAGACAUAUGACAGUGCAAUGAACGAAGCUCUUCUGCCACUCGAGAAACUGCUCUGCCGCGGAAUGGACUACUAUGGCUUGGCUCACUUUACUCUAGAGAAAGAAGAAUAUGAGUAGGCUCAUGUAACUUGAUGCUUUAGCAGUUGGUCCUUCCUCUCUUGUUGUGUGGUACUGACAAAAUCCAGCAACACUUAAUUAGUAGCAAUAUCAUCAAUGGUUUCCUUUGUGUAAUGAAAAAUUUUCGGGAAGCUCCUGUUGUUUCUUCUUUAACUGUGAUUCUUUUCUUUUAUUUAUUGAUUUUAUCAUUAUUGAACAGUGAAAGAUACUUCUCUUUGGCGAAUUGAAGGCAGAAGUUAUGAUGGAAGUAAAAAGCCAACAAACAAGGAGUUGAGAUUUUGUUUAUGUUAAGAAGAUGUUAACAGUUGUGUUCGGUUCGGUUGG